AUGGCGAACCACACAAUCUUGAUCUCAGUCGUCGAUGCAACAGGCUGCGUGCUCCGCAUCUAUCAGAUGGACUCGGAAGCCAGCAUGAAGCAACUCAUGAAACACUUCACGGAGUUCGCAUGUCCGCUGUGCACCAACACAGCAAACAUCACCUUCUGGCAUGAGGAUACCCAGGUACAUUCCCACAUCUCCAAUUACAUUACCGACAGCCAGCUGAUACCACUUCCGCAGAUCUCCGCCCUCCACACCCCCUCCACCCUCGACCUCCCACCUUUCGCCAAGAUCACGAUCCGCCCCUCCAUGCUCUGCGCCACCUCCACCACCCUCCGCGGCCACACUCUCCCAGUCCUCCACCACUUCAGCCCACCCCUCGUCCAUCUCCACGGCGGCACCUUCACCCCCACUCCCCUCGGCGGCUCCGUCUUCCCCUUCGGCCCCGAAAUCCACGGCCAACGAGAUCGCGAGGUGGGAUGGGAGCGGCGUGAGGAGCUGCGGAUGAAGAUUCUGGAUCUGAAGAAGCAGGAGAAAGAUCUGAUUAGGAAGAUUGUGGUGGGGAGUGUGUACGAGAAGUAUGCGUUGAAUGCGGAGGUUGUGAGGGAGAAUGUGGAGAGAUUGGUCGAGGAGAGAGAGAGGGUUGGGGAGUGGUGUAGGGCGGUUGAAGAGGAGCUUGAGAGGGAGGGUAGGAGGGAUUCGGUUUGGGUCUCUUAA